AAUACACCCAAUCACGAAGUUACUGUAUACCAUCCUCUUGUUCGAUGGCAGCAAUUCAAAUCGAUAGGGUAGCCCAUGACCAUCGCCAUCGCCACCAUCACGAUUAUGCACACGAGCACGGAAGUAGCCAUGCGCAUCCAAAGGGGAUCAAAAGUCCUUCAAGUAUCACAAAAGCUCUACUAAAGAUGACGGAGGGGGUUCCUUUGGUUCACAGUAUACUGAUUGAGAAGGACUCGCGGAGGAUUGGAUACUUUAUGUGUUUGAAUUUCGCGUUCAUGAUCGUUCAAACGUGUUACGGCUUUAUGACCGGGUCUUUGGGCCUUAUAUCUGAUAGUGUACAUAUGUUUUUUGAUUGCCUGGCCCUUGCGAUAGGACUUUGCGCAGCCGUCAUGAGCAAGUGGCCGCCGAGUAUGAGGUAUCCGUAUGGAUUAGGUAAAAUGGAUACUCUUGCUGGAUUUGCCAAUGGAAUUUUCCUAAUGUUGAUCAGUGUGGAGAUUGUGUGGGAAGCCAUCGAACGUUUACAAGAGCCUACUGAGAUGGCACGACUUGGUGAAUUAAUGGUUGUGAGCUCUAUGGGGCUGGCAAUUAAUCUCGUUGGUAUUAUGGCGUUUGACCACGCACAUCAUGGGCAUGGCCACUCACACAGCCAUUCUCACGGGCAUAGCCAUGCGCAUGAGGAUAGCCGUGAUCACUUACACGGCCACGAUAAUCACCAUCACAGUCAUGAUGGAGAACCACCGGCAAGUGCCCACAACGACCAUGCUCACGCACACAAUAGUGAGAAUAUGCACGGUAUAUUUUUGCACAUUUUAGCCGACACUCUUGGAUCUGUAUCUGUGGUGAUUAGUACGGGUUUGAUCCAUUACAGCGGGUGGACUGGAUUCGAUCCACUUGCGUCUGUAUUUAUCGCUGUUCUUAUUUUCGCAUCGGCGAUUCCCUUGGUAAAAUCAUCCGCUAGUAAUCUUCUUUUGACAGUUCCUGGCAACUCCGAGUACACUCUUCGGGAAACUAUUGCUGGUGUGGGCGGGCUGAAAGGUGUUCAGGGAUAUACGGUGCCCAGAUUCUGGGAAGUUGAGGGUGCAAUCAGAGGUGUCGUGCACGUUCAAGUCGCCAGAGGUACGGAUCCGGAUGAGAUUAGACGAAGAGUGGAAGAGUGGAUUGGAAACGGUCUUGGAAAGACUGCAGAGGUCGUUGUUGUUGUCGAAAGUGGAGAUGGCCGUAACCAUUGUUGGUGUGUCGGAGCACAAUGA